UCUGUGGUGCUGAGUGCGGUGCGUAAACAAAUCUUUAUUCUGUCUGACUCCUGUGGAAAUUUGGUAUCAUUAGGGAAUUGUCAGGAAAUAUAUUUUUUCUGAUUUUUACUAACGAAAAGUGUAAAUAAUUAAAAUUUUAACUGCAUUAUGUCUGGUCGAGGUAAAUAUCGCGGCAACCGGCAUCGCAACAAUCAUCAAACUUUAUCGAGCGUAGCUAAAGAAGCGGCUACGUCCUUGCCCGCAGACAGUCCUGUACUGGCUUUGUUCAAGAAUGCGGCUUUAAAGCUAAACGACCGACAGGACAGAUAUGAAAGACUAGUAAAGUUGUCCAGAGAUAUUACUAUUGAAAGCAAGAGGAUAAUUUUUCUUUUACACUCGGCUAUCACUCAAGAAUCAACAGAAAAAUCUGUAAAAGAUGCAAAAGAGAGACUUAAAAAACUGGUUGAUGGCCCAAUCAGAAGCAUUGGCCUGGAAUUAGAAAACAGUCCAGCGUACUUGUAUUCCCGAGCAGUUACUGCAGGUUUCCAGGAAUUUAUAGAGGCUAGAACCUUCUGUUCCCUCAUGGAGAGCAAAGUUAUUAUCUCAUAUCCUGAUGUACAGAAGGAAUUUCAGUAUGAUGUUAAAGAUGAAGGUGGUGAAAACGACAGGACAGUGGUGACAUUUCUACCGCAUACAGAUUAUAUGCUUGGCUUAGCGGACUUGACUGGAGAGCUGAUGAGGAAAGCUAUUAACAGCAUAUCCAGUGGGGACAGUCAUGAAUGCUUCCACGCUUGUCAAGUGGUGAGGGAGCUGUAUACAGGAUCUUUAGGCCUAUUCGGCAUGGGCAAGGAGCUCGCGCGCAAGAUGUCGGUGACGCGCAACAACCUGGCCAAGGUGGAGGCGGCGGUGUACGCACUGCGCGUGCGCGGCGGCGAGGCGCCCGCCACGCUUCUGCUGGCGCCCAAGCCCGACUGGGAGGCGGACCAGCGCUCCGACGACGAGGGCUACUACUGAAUACACCUUCUAUACUUAUA